CAUCUCCAAGUCUCCUACUUUGAGUACACUACUACACACAUUGAACACUCUUUCUUUUCUCUUGUUCUUAUUGUUACACUCUCUCUUCACAUACUCAUCUCACCAUGGAUACUAAGAUAGUGAAGAAGUUGUCGCCGAAUUCGAAGAGCAACGUUUACGUGACGUUCCUUGCCGGGGAUGGCGACUACGUUAAAGGGGUGGUGGGGUUGGCGAAGGGUCUGAGGAAGGUUGGCUCCGCGUACCCUCUCGUCGUGGCGGUGCUCGAUGAUGUUCCCGAAAGCCACCGCCGGCUACUCGAGUCGCAGGGCUGCAUCGUCCGCGAGAUCGAGCCCGUGCAUCCGCCGGAGAACCAGACUCAGUUCGCGAUGGCGUACUAUGUGAUCAACUACUCCAAGCUCCGCAUCUGGAAGUUUGUUGAGUAUGAGAGGAUGAUAUACUUGGACGCGGACAUCCAGGUGUACGAAAACAUUGAUCACCUGUUCGACCUUCCGCACGGAUAUUUUUAUGCGGUGAAGGACUGUUUCUGCGAGAAGACGUGGAGCCACACUCCACAAUACAAGAUUGGCUACUGCCAACAAUGUCCCGAGAGGGUGUCGUGGCCUGCCGACAAACUCGGCCCUCCACCCCCUCUCUACUUCAACGCAGGCAUGUUCGUGUCAGAGCCUGAUACUGCCAUCGCUGACUCACUCCUCGCCGCCCUCAAAGUCGCCCCCACUACUCCCUUUGCCGAACAGGAUUUUCUGAACAUGUUCUUCAAGGAUAUCUACAAACCAAUCCCACUAGUGUACAACUUGGUUUUGGCCAUGCUGUGGAGGCAUCCUGAGAAUGUGGAGCUGGACAAGGUCAAGGUGGUGCACUAUUGUGCCGCGGGGUCGAAGCCGUGGCGGUUUACGGGGAAGGAGCCGAACAUGGACAGAGAGGACAUCAAGAUGCUGGUGAGCAAGUGGUGGGACAUCUACAACGACGAUUCUCUUGAUUACAAGGGAGAUGUGACGGUCGCGACGGAGGCGGAGGCGAACGGGGUGAAGCCGCCGUUGAAGGCGGCGCUGUCGAAGGCCGGCGUUGUGCACUACAUCAAAGCGCCCUCGGCCGCGUAAAGGCCUUAGGGUGCUUGAUUUGGCGUAGGAUAAUAGAGAGUACAGUGGAGUAGUGUUAUGCUGUGCCGGUACUAGGACGGUUACUUGGGCUCCCUGCUCUCGUAAUUGCUUGUUUUUAUAUUUUCAAUCGAGAAUAAUGCUAGUAUUGUUAUCUUAUGUGAAUUGAGGUCGACGUAUGUAUAUAUAGUUUGUAAGGAAAAAAACCAAA